GUAAUUGGCACAAAUAUGUGUACACACAAGUGAAACUGAUUUCAAAUCUAAAUAUAGAAAUCUUUCCUUUUGAUUAAAACAAAUAGUAUUAUGACUAAUAGGAUAUCUAUUAUUUAAUCAAACUGUACAAAUAAUUAUUGUAUUAGUCAAUUUUAUGUAGGAGGAACCAAAAUGAUUUUGCAAUUUUAAGAACAAAUAAAUCGCGACUAUCUACAGCCUCAAAAAAAUAUAGAUUUAUAUUUAUCCAUAUAUGAUCCCAGUAAGCUCUAUAAGUAUUCAUACAAUAUGAGUGAUAAUACAAAUAAAAAGGAUGAUCAAGUGGAUUCCACUUCAUUUGCUAGUAUCUUAGCUGGGGUUCAACGUAUGCGUGAACAAUUUGGGGUGGUAGCAGAUGAUCAUGAACAAGAAUCAAUACCUCAAAGGGAACACACGUCUGCUAUAUCGAAACCACCAAUAACAACUACAUCCACAACUGCAUCAACAAGUACGACUACGAUCAGUCGACCCAGUACUAUAGAAUCUAAUAUCCCACCAACCACUACGGUGAGAUCCACUUUAAGUACAAUCACAGGAAAUCCAAUUCCAGCAAAUACAGACUCACCUUCUCCAUCAUCAACUCCAGGACCAUCUACAGUUAGAAGUUCAAGAACAGUUCAAAACAUUGCCAAGACUGCCAAAGUCCUCGUCCAUCCAUCGCAAAAAGGAAAUCCAUUAUUGAGUGAAUCCUUACUUAAAUCAAUCGGAUAUGAGUUUAAUAAAGAUGUUCUUUGUGAUUAUUUUAUCAAUUCAACUUUCCAAAUUUUAUUUUUAUCAUUAAAAUAUCAUAAACUUAAACCAGAAUAUCUUUGGCUGAGACUUAAAAAGAUGAAUCGUGGUUCAUCAAGUGUCAAUACGCGUAAUGAUCGAGCUUUAAGAAUGGUAUUAAUUGUGGUUGAUAUUGAAGCACCUCAAGAACAAAUUCGAAAUUUAUCUGAUUUUUGUAUAAAGCAUGAUUUAACUAUGGUAUUAGCGUGGACAUUUGAAGAAGCCGGGAAUUAUGUAGCAUUUUCAAAACAAUUGGAUAAUGCUCCUGCCAAGACCAAACAAGGUAUACAAGGGAUAAGAGGUUCAGAUUAUAAAUCAUGUGUAGUGGAAGCGUUAACUGGUAUACGGUCCGUUAAUAAAACAGACGUAUCUAAUCUUUUAGCUAAUUAUGAAUCAAUUAAGAAUAUCGUUAGUAAUACUUGUAUGAAUGAUAAUAUUACAAAUGUAUCUGGAAUGGGAGCUACAAAAGUACGAAAUAUGAGAAAUAUAUUCCUGGAACCAUUUAUUUACAAUAAGAUUUAUGAACCAUUAGAAGAGUGAUAAUCUAUAUAUAU